GCGGCGGCCGGUUAGUUAUAACGCGGACGCUGUCAAAAUCAAAAUGCUGAGAACAAUUCCGAUUUGGGCGCUGCUCUUGUGUAGCGUGGUCAUCGUGGCGGAGGCUAAGCCGAUUUUCGUAAAAGUUUUUGCUCCGAUUGGUGGCUUUUCCAGUGGUACGGUUCGUUCGACGGCAACGGUGGCGCCCGUCAACAACCAGCUGAUCUCCAAUUUGAUUUCGCAGAAGAUACAAUUGCUGAAUAGUUUCCUUCAGGCGAAGUCAUCCUUUGGUGGCUUUGGCAUCCGGAAGGAGAUCUCAUUUACAUCAGGCUCUACAACGACCACAGAGAGGCCAGUGACCACGUCCACAUCAGAGGUAAACACAGAUUUUAUACCGGAAGUUAGUUCCAGCACUCAAUCUGUGUACACCACAACAACAGACGGCGACCUUGAAACGCCGAAGCCUACAGUACAUCCCGUCAAGCCAAUUACAACGUCAACGCCAGUGACGCCCACGAAGAGCACCACCGAGUACCUCGUGGAGUCUUCGACGGGAUCUACCGAUGGCUACACCUAUCGGACGACCCCACGCCCCACGGCACCCACGCCGACAUCCACUAGCCCUGGCUACACCUAUCAGACCCCCACGCCCAGCACCAUCUCUAGCACUGUUGAUUCCUAUUACUUGCCCGCCUCUCGAUACUAAGUGUAUUGAUAUCUACUCAAAUGUACAUACUCGCAUGUGUGUAGGUAAAUAAGGUAUCUAAGUUAAGCACGUCUAUCAACUGUCUAUCUAUUAAUUGAUAAUCAAUUCUGAUAGUUUUAUUAGAAUAUAUUUCGAAAUCUUUGUGAACAGAA